AUACCGUACAUACCAUAAAGUGCCUAGUUCUGGCCACACGGAAUUUUAUAUUCUGUAAAAGAAAAAGUUUGAGGUAUUUGCUCAUCACAAAUUAAUGAGCGAUUGUUAGAAAAACCAAUAAAGUAGUAAAUUUCUAAGGCUUUAUGAUAAAAGUUUAAUGGAAUAAAUUAUUGCCGAUAUUUAGUUGUAAAUAUUCAUUUAAAAAGUGUAACUAGAAAAAAAGUAUGGAUUUCGGUGAUGAUUUCGUAGCUACUUCCACCAAUGGCGAAGAGUUAGAUCCGGCUGCUGAAUUUUUGGCUCGUGAACAGUCUAUGUUGGGCGAUUUAGAAGCUGAAAUAAACGCUGUUUCUACUGUGGCUAGUAAUGCGACAGUAACCACUACGGUUGGAGACGAUGCUCUCUUAGGAGGUGACAUUAAUGAAAUUGCCGCAGCUAGUAGUGGUGGCUUUGAAUCCUCAACGGGUAGCUUUGAAAUGAUUGGAGGUGAAAAUAUUGAUAGCAAUGCUAUAUCUGCACCACCGCCUUCACGUGUGGAACCGGAAAAAAUACGUAAAUGGCGUGAAGAGCAGAAAAAACGAUUGGAGGAAAAAGAUCGUGAAGAAGAACGUAAAAAGGAGGAAUUACGUCUACAAGCAAAGAAAGAACUCGAAGAUUGGCUACGCCAAACUGAAGAAUCUAUAGCUAAAACUAAGUCCGCUGCACGUAAUGCCGAGAAACAAGCAGCUGCUUUAGAAAAUGGUAGCGCCAUGGAACCAGGGACAGAAUGGGAACGCAUCGCCAAGUUGUGCGAUUUUAACCCCAAAGUUAACAAGUCGGGAAAAGACGUAUCACGUAUGCGUUCCAUUUACUUGCAUCUCAAACAAAAUCCCAUUCCAAUCGGUACACAGAAAGCUUAAAAGUAUUCUUUAUGAAUUAUGUCAGAUUCAAAUUCUAUUAUUCGAAAA